AUGCUUAUUAUUAAUGCAUUAUAUUUACUAUCAACAAAUCCUCAAGAAGUUGGACGAUGUGGCCACGGGAGUCCGUGUGAACAGUUGUGCUACGAACUCCACGACGGGAUGUACGAAUGUGACUGCAGGGAAGGUUACAUACUGCGAGAAGAUGGAUACAGUUGUUAUGAAAUAAACUCGACAGCAUCACCUCCGUCCCUAGAAGACUUGAAACUUAACGGGAUAGAAGACAUAAUCUAUCAGAAAGACGCCGUGAUGGACGCCUUGGAGUUCUCCCUGCCUAACGUCACCACCACCGAGUCCAACGAUAUCCCUCAGGUCAUCCCCAACUUCACCACCCCAUCCCCCAGCCGAGCCAACUACACCACGCAGGGUCCUCGAUUGGAGCAGAAGCUCACCUCGGAUGAGACGGGGGUACCGCGGGCCACCUCGCCGAUAUCGACGAUCAAGCCCUGUCCUCUUGACUGCGGACCCGGAGGCGGAUGCAGCCUGGAGAAUUCGGAGGGGGCGCCUGUUUGUCUAUGUCCGCUGGGGAGGGGUGGAGAACGUUGCGAAGAAGAUAAAGAAAUACAGUCUCCCAGAUUUACGGGUUCCAGCUGGCUGGCCUUUCCAGCUCUGAGGGGAGCGUACAAACAUGUCCAGCUGAGUCUGGAGCUGCGCCCCGAGGCCUACGACGGAAUUUUUUUCCUCACCGGAGAAAGGGACGACAUGGCGGGGGAUUUCAUGGCGCUGUUGCUUCAUCAAGGAUUCGUGGAAUUUCGAUUCGACUGCGGCUCGGGCGUGGGCGUCGUCCGCUCCGAGGAAACCGUCCUCCUCAACCAGUGGAACCACGUAACCCUCUACCGCCACCGGUGGGACGCGUGGCUGCAGCUGAACGGCGGCAAGCACGUGCAGGGUCGCAGCAAGGGCCUCUUCUCCAGGAUAACCUUCAGGGAGCCACUGUUCAUCGGCGGCCCGGGCAACACCACCGGCCUUACGGAAAAGCUUCUCGUGGCGAGAGGGCUCAGGGGGUGCAUUAGGCAUCUGGAAGUAAACGACCACGUGUACAAGUUCGCGCUGGAUCCGAGGGGUGAGGCCACGAAGGGAUACGGGAUAGAGGAAUGUACCGCAGACAGAUGUAGUCGGGUUCCGUGUCAGCAUGGAGGAAAAUGUCUCACGAGCGAUAAUUCAGCGGUUUGUCUGUGCCCCUUGGGGUUUUCAGGAGACUUGUGUGAAAUCCGAGUCGAUCUACAGGUGCCUUCUUUCAACGGGUCCAGCCACCUACGCUAUCGAGGCUUGGCCGAAACUGCGCUCACUUGGCUCGACUUGGACAUCACUUUCAAGCCCACAGCCCCGGACGGCCUCAUCAUUUACAACGGCCACCGGAUGGACGGCACCAACGACUUCAUGGGAUUGUAUCUGAACGACGGCUACGUGGAGUUCGCCUACGAUCUGGGGACGGGGACCGUCGUGGCCAGGAGUCAGUUCAGGGUGGCGCUCAGCGAGUGGCACCAGGUGAGAAUAUCUCGGACUGGCCGAUUGGCCAUCUUGACAGUAGACAACCAGUUGCCCGAGGAAGUCCUUUCUCCCGGCGCAUUCACCCAACUCUCGCUACCUCAAAACCUCUACCUGGGAGGCGUCCCGAACUUCGGCAUCGUCUCGCCGCAAAUCAGGGUGAGAACGGCGUUUAUAGGCUGUAUUCAGAAAGUAAAAAUCAACGGUCGGACCGUCUCCAUCCUAGCCGAGGCGCUAGGUGGCGCUAACGUAGACAACUGUCCCCAUCCCUGCGUUGCCAGGCCCUGCGGGGAGGACGGGGUGUGCAUACCGGAACUGGACUACUUCACUUGCAGGUGUAAACCGGGAUAUAGAGACCACCUGUGUUCUAGAGGCCCGCCGUCCUUCCACGGCGUCGACAGCUACCUGCGCUUGAACGACGCCUCCACCUUGGACGUCAUCUCCUCGGACCCCUUGGUGGUAAACGUCCGCUUCAAGCUCUCCUCCGAAUCCGGCCUUCUACUUUACGCCUCUGCAGGAGAGAGCUUCCUCUCUCUGGGUCUCGAAGGAGGCGCACUCGUGCUGAGGUAUAGCGUCCAGGAACGUGGUGAGGAAAUACGCGUGGUGCACAACAGUACGACCGUCCACGAUGGACUCUGGCAUAGAGUCAAAGCUGUUAAAGACGGAUCAUCCGGCCUUUUGAUCGUGGACAACGGUGCAGCCAUCACCAGACAAUCUGUCGAGAUAUCCCAAAGACCUAUAACGCACCCAGAGGACGAAGGCCUAUACGUGGGAGGCAUGUCCGUGGCACCCUUAAGGGCCCUUACGAGAUACAAGAACGGCAUCAAGGGCUGCGUGGCGGACCUCGUCAUCAACACCGACUAUCACCUGCAACUCAUCAAUCACUCAGACAUAGGGCAUAACAUAGGAGAAUGCGAAGCAUGAAGCCGACUGGACUUGCCACGACACAAAACUCAACACAAAACUAGAAGUCAAUAUGAAUAAUUAUAGCGCAAAAAAUCAAAUGGAGACCAAGUCCGUGGGUAAUCAAGUGGGGCCUAGUUUUUUAGCGGAUUGUGGAAUGUUUCUAUUUAAAACACUUACCUAUCUUCACUGACAUUUAUGUGCUAAAUGUGUGAUUUCAAAGGUUAAACAUAAGGCUGACUACUAUGAGCUAUUAAGGGUGUCAGAAGAUGCGGUCAUAACAACUAUAGUGCCUUAAUUGAAUUUUAUAUCGUACAGGUCUAUAGAAGAAAACCGGUGAGAGGUAUACACUAGGCAAGGCCUUGGUUGUAUCACCGUGUCUUUUAGAUAUUAUCCUACUAAAAAUAGUUGUGUGUAUCAUCUUCUCGAUUCUACUUGGGAGGAUCUCUAAGGAUUUGUGUUAGGAUUGUAGAUAGUCAAGAAUAAUAAGGAUAAGGAUUGAGCUUUUAUAUCUUUUCAUUUCUUUUGUAUACUUCUGCGGGGGAAAACGUUGAUGGAGCCUAAAACGUAAACACACUAUCUACCGUGCUAAUGCAAACUUUUCUUUUAAACCAACGGACUUAAUUGGAAUGAAUUAAAAACAAGCACUGUCAUCAUAUCAUUUAGCUGUAGAAUGAGCCCUCCGGCUUCCCUUUCGCUGCGAGAUCAAUUUUUUCCCUUGCCCCGUUUUUAUAUUUGCAUCAUAGUAGGUACUAAUCGGUCCAGUGUAAAAUUCACCUUGUUAUAUAACUAUGUAUAUGAAGUCCUAUAAU